CGCUCUAAGUAACCAUAAACGCAUACGUUAGUCAAUAUCGCAACACAAGUUAUCUGUAACUUCCUUUAUUUUGCAGCCCACUAUCAGUUGUUUGAACGAGUUUGUUAAGUUUACGGUUUUCUAUCGAUUUUUGUGGCAUGAACAUGUGGCAACAGAACAGUCAGUUUUAUAUAUUCAAUGAUACGAGGAUUUGUCCCCAACUUCAAGCUACUAUACAUAACAUGUUUGAAGAUAAAAUGGGUAUGACAGUCACAUCAGGAAGCGUGGUGUUAAGCAAAGAUGAGAAGAAUCUUAUAGGCAUCAGUAUUGGUGGGGGAGCACCUUUAUGUCCGUGUUUGUAUAUCGUACAGAUAUUCGACAACACGCCAGCUUCAAAAGAUGGGACAUUACAAAGCGGUGACGAGUUGGUGGGAGUCAAUGGACAGACUGUGAAAGGCAAGACUAAGGUUGAAGUAGCUAAGAUGAUACAGUCGGCUAAGGACGAAGUAACAAUAAACUACAACAAACUCCACGCUGAUCCCAAGCAAGGGAAAUCCUUAGACAUCAUAAUGAAGAAGAUGAAGCAUCGUCUCGUGGAGAACAUGUCGUCUGGAGCAGCCGACGCGCUCGGACUGUCGCGAGCAAUACUGUGUAACGACACGCUGGUGGCGAAGUUGAAUGAGCUCAGAGAAACUGAGACCACUUAUAAGAGGCUCGUGGAGAAUGCUAAAAGAAUGCUGAAGGCCUAUUUCGAUCUCCUGCAAACAUACAAGUCAGUUGGGGAUAUAUUUGCUGCCAUAGGCGUUCGGGAGCCCCAAGCUAGGGCUUCUGAAGCCUUCACCAAGUUCGGACAGUACCAUCGGCUGUUGGAGAGAGAUGGUAUCAAAAUGCUGAAGGCUUUGAAACCGAUCUUAUCAGACAUGGGCACAUACCUCAACAAAGCUAUCCCCGACACGAAGCUGACUAUCCGCAAGUAUGCCGACACUAAGUUCGAGUACCUCUCCUACUGUCUCAAGGUUAAAGAGAUGGACGAUGAGGAGUACGGGUAUAAUGCCCUGCAAGAGCCCCUGUAUAGAGUGGAAACUGGGAAUUAUGAGUAUAGACUGAUUCUCCGCUGUCGUCAAGACGCUCGGACGCGCUUCGCUCGGCUCCGGUCUGACGUGUUGGUGAAGUUGGAACUGUUGGAGAAUAAGAAGACACAGGAUGUUGCGUACCAGCUGAGAAGGUUUAUACAGGGGCUUGCUGUUUAUCAUAAUGAAUCAGUAGAGCAUCUGAAAGACAACGCGACUCUGUUCCCGGUCGAAGUGGAUCUCUCUCAGAACGCGUUCCAGUACAAAUCUACUGCACAGAUUAUUCAGGACGGUCAAGAAGAAGACGAAGAAUUAGAAUUCGGCAAAGAAAUCCACGAAUAUCAUGACAUUGCUGACAUUGACAAGGAGCCCAAACUUGUCAAUCGCCGUCAGACCAAAGACAAUGAUGACACCGAAUCGUCAGAACAAUUACUGCCUGACUUUGACAAUGUGACCCUAAACUAUGACAAAGUUGACAAAUCUGACAAUAUGGACAAUUUGACUUUAUUGACGGAAUUGGGUUUGGCCGACACGAAUGUACAAGAUGACUUUGGAGAUUUUCAGAAUGGACUGCUGGAUGAAUUUAUGCCCAAAACCAGUGGGGAGGAUAAGAAUGAUAUUUUUGAGGAUUUGUUAAGUGAUUUUAGUAAUUUAAAUAAAUAAAUGUUUAGGA